GCUGAAACUUUUUUUUUUAAUUUUAUUUUAGUCUACAUUUUAUUUUACCUUUUUUUCUUUCACUUUUGUACAUAUACAUAUUUAUAGCAUAUACAAUAUGAGCACGGCACUCAAUUAUACAAACGCAACACAACUACUCGAGCAAGGGAAUACAAAGGACGCUUAUGUCGCCUUUCUAUCUAUUGUAGAGCUAACAACGCAACAACUUCAUGCUGUGAAAUUUGUUCAUCAAACUAUUGUGUCUAAACCACUUGAAUACGAAAACUCCCUUGCACUACUCCGAUCAAGUAUAGAUCAACUAGAGAAUAUUGCAGUCAAGAAAUUGCCUGGCGCAAUCAACAAUGGCAGCAAAAAAUCAUCAUCAUCAUCAUCACCACCACCACCAUUACCACCUAAACCUACAUCUAUGUAUCAAAGACCAACAGUCCCGCCGAAACCUUCAAGGAUCAUUACUUCACCUAUUCCAUCGAAAAAAUCAAUUGAUACCCUUUCUUCUGUUACCAAAAGAUCAAGAGGAAACUCAGUAAGCUUUGCACAAGACUCCAAACUAUUCAAGACAGCUAUUAUUGAAUAUGAAGAGACACCCACAUCCAUUGUAAAUCAACUUGAUGAUGAAGACGAUGAUGAUGAAGAUGAUGUUGUGAUAGAAUUUGAAAAUACAGCUAAAGUCUCGACAAAAAGACCCUUGACAGCAUUGCCCCCUAACAACAUAUCUUCACCUCAAGUGAGAGCAAGGAGCCAAUCAUGGGUUGUUCCAAGUGAUUCAUUAACAAAUAACGACGAAAUAGACGUUCUUUCAGAGACAGUAGUGGAUCCAGGCAACCUAGUACCAGCACAAACAAACACAGGAGAUAGUUUAGCAUUGCCUACCACAUCUCAAGUCAACAGCUAUGUACCCAACAUCCCAGCUCCUCCUUUACUUGCCACACACCGUCGGUUACAACAAAGGCUGAAUGAACUCGAGGCUGAUUUGGAAAAGUUUCGUCCUUUAGAUAUCUUGGUACGAUCUGAACGAUUGCACAAGAUUUCGAGUACUCGUGAAACACUCGAAAAAGUGCGCUCUUUGUACAUGAGUGCUAUGACAAUUCCCAGUAUUCUGCAGUUCCCACCUCACUUAAUUGCUUACCAGCUAACAUUGACUGAAUCUUCAUUGUUUCGAGCCAUUCCUUUAGAAGCACUCUUGUCUCACUCUGCCCGUACACCUCACAAAAAGAUAGUAGCAUCCACCGACUUUUUCAAUUUUGUCACACGCACAAUUGAACAUUCCAUUUUGUUGCCUCAAGAAGCAUCCAAACGAGCAGAAAUUAUCAACCGUUGGAUCAAAAUUGCAGCCAAACUACUUGCGUUAAACAACUAUCAAACACUAAAGGCAAUUGUUUCCGCUUUGGGCACACCACCUGUUCAACGACUCAGACGCACUUGGGAAUGCAUUCCCAAAAAACGCGUGACAAGACUGGAUUUACUCAAUAACCUGAUGUCAGAAACAGACAAUUACUGUCGUUAUCGAGAACACAUGGGACUUGAAAAACGACGACUUUGGUCUAAACCUGUCGUACCUUUUCUAGGUGUUUUUAUCCAUGACAUUACCUAUCUAUCAUGUGCUUCUAAGGGUCGCGCACAAGAUGUGUUAAGUGUGGUCCAGUUAUUUCAAAGGGCUCCAGAGUAUCCUCAAACACCACCUGCCUCCUAUAUGGCAUCUAAAAAACAUUUGUUUCGACCUAUGAUAUCAGAAGCACUUCAUUUUGGUUCCUCGAAAAAGAACAACAAGGUCACCACGGCUGUCUUGAUGGGAGAAGAUCAGAGGGAGGAUAUAGAGAUUGAGUUAGAACAGCAGUUGAUUGUACAGUAUCUUUUGAUGAGGCCUUGGGUGAGUGAGAAGGCCAUUGAUGCCCUCAGUAAUCUGCGAGAACCACCCAAGCCUCGAUCCACGCCUUCGCCUACUUCACAUCGAUUCAGUAGUGAUUUAGGCCUACGACCAGUGAAUAAUAUAGCGAUACCACCCAUCACAGCGACACGUGUUAACAGCAAUACAGAAGCAGAAAAUCCGGCUACGGUAGAAGAAAGUAAGCGAUCUAUCGUAGGUGGGUUUUGGCCAUUUAAGAAGAACUUGGAUGUCAGCCGAGCUUCAUUGACAACCGAUUAUCACCAGUGGAGUGAAGAAGACGACGAAGAUGAUGACGAUGACGAAGAAGAGGAAAUAGUAAAUCAACUAGAUAGCAAGCAUGGUGUUUUAGACACAAGGAGAAGACCUGUCACUAUAAAUACAGGUAAAAGCUUAAAAGGUCAUAGUCGAUCCAUUUCUCUACCCUCCAAAUCUAUCAUUGUAUCCGAAAUGUAGCAAUAAAAUAAAGUGGUCUACUGUUCUAUUAAUUAACACUUUUUCAUUGAUAAAGAGUGUAUAUCAUAGAGACAAUAUUAAAAAUAAG